GAUUUUGAGACAACUUAAAUAUAAAAUAUAAUAAUAAUAAAUAAUAAACGUAACACAUUUUCUGAUUUUCGCAGCAAUUAUUAAAUAUUUAUAUGAAUAAAUGUUUGGCGGUUUAUAACAUUUUAUAAUAAUACAUGUGUUAGUGACGUGUCUUUUGUCUAUUUAUAAUUACAUGUUUUCGUUUGAAGAGGACGUUUCACAAUGAAAUUAAACGUAGUUUUCCUGCACCCAGAUCUGGGCAUCGGCGGUGCCGAACGAUUGGUGGUCGACGCGGCUAUGGCGAUGAAACAAUCGGGCCAUUCCGUUAGGUUCGUCACCAAUCAUCACAGUGUCUCUCACUGUUUCGAAGAGACCAGGGACGGUACUUUGCCAGUGACUGUUGUCGGCGACUGGCUACCUAGAACGGUGUUCGGCAAGUGUUAUGCGCUGUGCAGUUACGUACGUAUGGUGUACGCCGCGUUGUACUUGACGUUUUUAAGUUCCAUCCAUCCGGAUGUAGUGUUUGUCGACCAGAUAUCGGCUUGCAUCCCCAUACUAAAUUGGAUGUCGUGCAAAGUACUAUUCUACUGCCACUAUCCCGAUCAACUAUUAGCUGCACAUGACGACACCUUGAAACGAUAUUAUCGUCUACCGUUGGACUGGUUAGAAGAGAAAACCACUGCGUGUGCUCACACGAUCUUGGUCAACAGUAAUUUCACAUUAGAUGUUUUCAGGAAAACGUUUAAAAGUAUUAAGACAGUGCCAAUAGUCGUCUACCCGUCCAUUAACACUGAGUUUUUUGAUAAUACUGAAACCAUACAGUUGAAAGAUUUAAUAGAUGUGGAUAAUUGUAAGUUCAUUUUAUCCAUAAAUAGAUUUGAGAGGAAGAAAAAUCUGGAUUUGGCAAUCCAUAGUUUUAAUUUAUUAUCUGAUAAAAAAAUGAAACUUGUCUUGGCCGGAGGUUAUGAUCCUUUGAAUUUAGAAAAUAUUGAAUAUUUUCAUGAGUUGGUGAAUCUUGUUCAAAAUAUGAAACUCAAUGAACGUGUUAUAUUUUUGAAAUCACCAUCAGACACUGUAAAAAUAUCACUCCUUAGGUAUUGCUUAUGCUUAGUAUAUACUCCAUCCUAUGAACAUUUUGGUAUUGUGCCAUUAGAAGCUAUGUAUUGUGGCAAACCUGUUGUAGCAGUUAAUAAUGGUGGACCCAAAGAAACUAUUGAAAACAAUCAUAAUGGAUACUUAAGAAAUGCUGAACCUGAAGAUUUUGCUGAUGCUAUAAAACAGUUGAUAGAAAUUGAAGGAAAAGCUGAAUUAUUUGGGAAACAUGGUAAAAAAAGAUUCAAUGAUAUUUUUUCAUUUGGAGCUUUUAAAAAUAAAAUAGAUAAUAUAUUAGAAAAAAUAUAUAAGUCUGAAUAA